AUGUUCCAACUUUGGACGAGUCUGUGGAGGGUACCCAUCGAAAGAGGAAACACCUCCACCCAAAGAUCCAAGUCCACCGCACCGUCGCCGUCACCGGAACCGUCAUAUACUGCUGUCUUCGCACCUCCACCUGCUAUCAGCUCGUUUCCCCCGCCUGUGCCAGUAGGCGUGUCGUUCCAAGAUGAAAGAGAGUAUCAGUACUUCUGUCACUUCCGCGAUAUCACAGUAGUAGAGCUUGCAAACGGGUUUGAGCCAACGUUAUGGAGCCCAUAUGUCUUGAGGGCAUGCGAUAAUCCUUCAAUCCGUCAACUCGUGGUUGCAACUGCAGCCUUGAGUAUAGCUGUGAAGACUCCUCCAUUAAGAUUGUGGAACCCAUCAAACGAUCACCACCAUCAGUACGCUCUGCAGAAGUACGGGCAAGCUUUGAAAGGGAUCAGAGAAAUGGUUGGAGGGGGACAGGACUCGACCAGAAUAGCAUUGAUCAGCGCCCUGCUCAUAUUUUGCUUCGAAAGUCUACACGGCGAUCUCGGUCGAGCAGUUACACACGUUCAGAGCGCAGUUGAGAUGAUAAUCAAACGACUCUCGAACCUGCCACAGCCUCACUACUUUUCUCGG